AGUUAGGUAAGCCACCACAGGAGGAUCCUGACUAUUGUUACGAUUAUUAAUAGUAGUAGUAUUAGUAGUAUUAGUAGUACUGCUACUACUAGUAGUAAUUAGUAGUACUAGUAUUGUUUUUCCUCCAAAAUGUGUUUUUAAUUUUGCUUGUUGGACUAUCUACGGACUCAGUAAAGGUGCAUUUUCACUUUACGUUGUCAGCGCGUCUCAUCAGCUUUCAUUUGGGUCCACAGCCAGUAAUUCAUGACAACUCUAUGAAAAUACAAGCCCUGACUUCACUUCAGAAGAUAAGGAUUGAGGUGAGGAGGAAGAGGAUGACAAUUUGUUGGUCAGUAUAUCAGUAUACUGUCAGUCGUCUCUUUUUUGUCCCAUGUUUUCUUGUCUUUGGUUAAGGGAGCCCGUUCUCAGAUGAUACAACAUCGGUAUGAUUUAUAUCUUGAGUCUGAAGGUUUUCCUCUAUGGUCUGAACACCUACAGGUUUCUUCUUCUCUGACUUUGGCAUACUACCUGUAUGGCUGGUCUCUAGGUACAUUCAUAAAAUGUGAUUGGGGUAAUGAUACUACCCAUCUCAGCCAAUGUAUUCAACAUGGCAGGUUAACAUAGCAGCAUCCACAAACUAGUGCCUGCUCCUGAAAACUAUCUUCAAAUUUACCAGAUGAAUUAAGUUUCUCUCUAUUCCCUGUGUAUCAUCAUGAUGUGAUUUUUAGUUUACAUGACAAUUCUGAAAUUAGCUUAUUGGAGAAAUCUGACUGUAACUUAAUAACCUCUGCUAAUGUGAACUCACUGUUUCUGGUUUACCUCUCAGACUGACUUUCAGAAGUCCACAAGAUGAGCAUUUGUGCUGAGGAAGAAAAGACUGGAGCAGAGUCUGAAGAAAAGAGUGGAGCAGAGUCUGCAGGAUCCAGCUGUCCCUCUAUGAGAAGUGACAACUCCAAAGUUGCUCCUUUAGACUUCAGAGAUGAACCUGGACCCUCAGACACAACAGAGAGGAAGGCGAUCUCAGAGGAUCCAGUCUCUACCAGCUGUGGACCAGAAAAAUCCAGGACUGAAGCACAACUGCAGAUAUCCACAGGUGUUGGUCUGCAGGAGAUUGUAAAAGAACAUAAAAUACAUCUAAAGAGACAAUAUGAACAUGUGACCGAAGGAUUUGGUGAAUCAGGAAGUGGAACCCUCCUCAACACCAUCUACACUGAGCUUUACAUCAUAGACGAACAGAGUGAAGAGGUUCAUACUCAACAUGAAGUGAGGCAGCUGGAGACAACUUCACAGACAGAUACUGACCAUGACCCAACAAUCAAGUGUCACAAACUCUUUGAGGUUUUACCUCACCUGAAGAGACCAAUCAGAGUGGUUCUGAUGAACGGAAUCGCUGGCAUUGGAAAAACCUUCUCAGUGCAGAAAUUUAUUGUGGACUGGUCAGAAGGCUCGGAAAACCAAGACAUCAACAUAGUGAUUCUGCUUUCAUUCAGGGAGUUGAAUCUCGUUAAAGAUGAGCCGUACAGUCUUCUGCAGCUGCUCCAUGUUUUCUAUCCAACAUUGCAGAAAGUCACCACAGAGAAACUGACUCUUUGUAAACUUUUGUUCAUCUUUGAUGGCCUGGAUGAAAGUCGACUUUCACUGGAGUUCAGUAACAGGAAGGUUGUUUCUGACAUUACUCAGAAAUCAUCAGUCAGUGAGUUAGUAACAAACCUCAUAGAAGGUAAUCUGCUUCCCUCGGCUCUCAUCUGGAUAACUACCCGACCUGCAGCAGCCAAUCAGAUACCUCCUACAUGUGUUGACAGGGUAACAGAAGUGCGAGGCUUCACUGAUGCUCAGAAGGAGGAGUACUUCAGGAUGAGAUUUAGUGAGAAGGAGCUGUCCAGAGUUAUCUCCCACAUUAAGAAAUCCAAAAACCUCAAUGUCAUCUGCAGAAUCCCAGUCUACUGCUGGAUCACUGCCACAAUCCUUGAGUACAUAUUGAAUACAGACCAAAGAAGCGAGCUACCCAAGACCCUGACUGACAUGUACUCGUACUUCCUACUGGUUCAGACAAAGAGGAAUAAGCACAAGUACCAAAAAGGACAUGAAACAAGUCCACAGGAGCUGACAGAUGCUGACAGGGAAGUUCUUCUGAAGCUGGGGAAGCUGGCGUUUGAAAAUCUGAAAAAAGGAAACAUCAUAUUCUACCAAGAAGACCUGGAAGAGUGUGGUCUGGAUGUCACAGAGGCUUCAGUUAAUUCAUGGGUUUGUACAGAAAUCUUUAAAAGAGAGUGUGUGAUUUUCCAAAAACCAGUCUACUCCUUUGUUCAUCUGAGCAUUCAGGAGUUUCUGGCUGCUGUUUACACUUUUCAGUGUUACACCAACAGGAAAACAGAGGUACUAAAGGAAGUCCUGGGGGAAGAAUAUAAUGAGACAUCUCUGGACGUUUUUCUGAGCAAAGUCAUGGAAAAGUCCCUCCAAUGUAAAAAUGGCACUCUGGACCUGUUUGUUCGCUUCCUGCAUGGCCUCACACUAGAGUCCAGCCAAAGACUCUUAGUAGGUCUGCUGAGUCAGACAGAGAACAACCCAGAAGUUAUCCAGAAAAUCAUCAACAACCUAAAAGAGAUGAGACGUUCUCAAAUCUCUCCUGACAGAAGCAUCAACAUCUUUCAUUGUCUGACUGAGAUGAAUGACAGCUCACUGUUUCAGGAGAUCCAAGAAUCCCUGAAAUCAGAGACAAAACUCUCUGAGAUCCACUGCUCAGCUCUGGCCUACAUGCUGCAGAUGUCGGAGGAGGUUCUGGAUGAGUUGGACCUGCAGAAGUUCAACACAUCAGAUGAAGGACGACACAGACUGAUUCCAGCUGUGAGCAACUGCAGAAAGGCUCUACUACAACGUUGUCAACUUUUAAAGACUCACUGUGAAGUUGUGGCCUCAGCUCUGAAAUCCGACCCCUCCCAUCUGGUGGAGUUGGACAUGACUGGAAACAAGUUGCAUAGUUCAGGACUAAAGUUCUUGUCUGAUGGACUGUCGAGUCCAGACUGUCGACUAGAGACUCUGAGGUUGGAGAGCUGUCGGUUGUCAUAUAUGAGAUCUCUGUUUUCAGCUCUGAAUUCUAACCCCUCUCAUCUGAAACAUCUAAACCUGAGCUACAACAAUUUGGAGAAUUCUGGAGUGAAGGAGCUUUGUGGUUUUCUGGAGAAUCCCCACUGUCGAUUGGAGACUCUGAGAUUGCAGUGCUGCAGUUUGUCAGAGAUCUGCUGUGAUUACCUGCUUCCAGCUCUUCAGUCCAACCCCUCCCAUUUGAAACUUCUGGACCUGAGCUGGAACAACCUUCAGGAUUCAGGAGUGAAGCAGCUGUGUGUUUAUCUGAAGACUUCAGAUUGCAGACUGGAGACUCUCAGAUUAUGGGGCUGCAAGUUGUCAGAGACCAGCUGUGAUUAUCUGUUCAAAGCUCUUCAGUCCAACUCCCAUCUGAGAGAGCUGGACCUGACCAAGAACAACCUGCAGGAAUCACAUGUGAAGCAGCUGUCUGAGCUUGUGGACAGCCCACAUCACACACUGGAGGUUCUCAAAUGGAAGGACCCAUAAACACAGUUGUUUGUGUGUGUGUGCACAUGUGUCCUGAUGGUUCAGAGAGGUUGAAACACCAGCAGCUUGUGUGUAGUGAUGCUGUGACAGGGACAGGCUACAGGGAGGUGGAGUGGACAGCAGAGCUUCAUCCAGCAGUGACAGAAAUCAGAAAUGCAGAUGUCUGACAGUGCUGUAAACAUGCUCUGAGAGCUCCUCUGUUAGACACCAUGUAGAAUCUAUCGUCAUCCUUUUGUGUUGUUUUGGAUCAUCACAGUGUCUUUUUGCAGACACUAGGUUCAGUUUUAUUUUCUUUGAAGUUUCCUAAAUACAUUUCAAGAUCUUUUGUAUAACUGAUGUAAUUUUAAGUUUUUAUCAUGGUUUUGAAAUACAUAUAUUUCAAAACCACUAUUAACCACUAUUAUGGAGAAUUUUAAACUCUCCAGAGUUUGGUGUACUAUAUAUCUUCAGUAAUUUAGAUAAUGAAAGUAUCUAGUGGUUCAGCAGAUGAAGUGUAGGAGGUAGAUGUUUUUUCAUGGAUGGAUCAUUGUCGCAGCAGUCUAUCAAUUUCUGCACAGUCGUAACUGACAGAAUUUGAUAAAUUAAUUACAGAAAGAAGGACACUGAGAAAAAAGAGAGCCGUGCUUUAACAAUGGCCUUGUUUGCAGCAGUGGCUGCCACAGGUAAAUAUGCACAUGGAGUCGGAA